UUCUGCAUAUCUCUCUCUCCUCUUAACUAUUGCUACCGAUGGCUUCCCUGUGUCUUCCAUCUUCUGGUUGCUGUGAAAUUAAAACAAGUUCGGAAUAUGUACUCCAAAGAACCGUUCAAGACAUUGAGGCUAACACAACCACACUAGAAAUGAUGAUGAAGAGAGAAAAGGAAGAUGAAGUUGAUGGUACAUGCUUAACAUGGAAGGAUAUAUGGGUAAAUACAAUUUCAAAUGGAAAGAAUGGAAGCAAAUCAAUUCUUCAAGGAUUAACUGGUUAUGCUAAACCUGGUCAACUCUUGGCCAUAAUGGGUCCUUCUGGCUGUGGCAAGUCUACACUACUUGAUACAUUAGCAGGGAGAUUAGGCUCAAACACAAGACAAACAGGGGAAAUUCUGAUCAAUGGUCACAAACAAGAACUUUCUUAUGGAACCUCGGCUUAUGUGACACAAGAUGAUACCUUAUUGACAACCUUAACUGUUAGAGAAGCAGUGUUCUAUUCAGCUCAACUUCAGUUACCUAACACAAUGUCCAAGGAAGAGAAGAAAGAGAGAGCUGAUAUUACAAUCAAAGAAAUGGGUCUGCAAGAUGCAAUGAACACAAGAAUUGGAGGGUGGGGUGUGAAAGGCAUAAGUGGGGGUCAAAAAAGGAGAGUUAGCAUUUGCAUUGAGAUCCUAACACGUCCUAGACUUCUAUUUCUUGAUGAGCCAACUAGUGGACUUGAUAGUGCUGCUUCUUACUAUGUUAUGAAAAGAAUUGCUACUUUGGAUCAUAAAGAUGGAAUUCGGAGGACUAUUAUUACAUCCAUCCAUCAACCUAGUACUGAAGUUUUUCAACUUUUUCAUAACCUAUGUCUUCUGUCUUCAGGUAGAACAGUUUACUUUGGACCUGCUUCUACUGCUUGUGAGUUUUUUGCUUUGAAUGGAUUUCCAUGUCCUCCUCUACAAAAUCCUUCUGAUCAUUUACUUAAAACUAUAAACAAGGAUUUUGAUCAGGAUAUUGAGACAGGAUUGGCAGGGACAGGAACAAUCCCUACUGAAAAAGCAAUUUGUAUUCUUGUGAGUUCAUAUAAAUCAUCUGAAAUGAGGCAAGAUGUUCAAAAUGAAGUAGCAGUACUAUCUAAUAAGCACACUAGCUCAAUGGAUCACAGGAAGAAAGGACAUGUUGGGUUCCUUAAUCAAUGCUCAGUUCUUAUCGAACGGUCAUCAAUAAACAUGUUUCGUGAUCCAGGCUAUUAUUGGUUACGCUUAGUGAUAUAUGUUGCAUUGGCUAUAAGUUUAGGCACUAUUUACUAUGAUUUGGGUACAAAUAAUGACUCAAUUAAGAAUCGAGGUUCACUUCUCUCAUUUAUCGCUGGAUUCUUAACUUUCAUGAGCAUUGGUGGAUUUCCUUCCUUUGUGGAAGACAUGAAGGUAUUUCAACGAGAAAGACAAAAUGGGCAUUAUGGUGUGAUUGCAUAUGUGAUUGGGAACACUUUUUCGUCAAUUCCAUUCAUUUUAUUGGUUACAAUAAUUCCAGCAGCUAUAACUUAUUACCUCCCUGGUCUACAGAAAGGAUUUGAACACUUUUUGUACUUUGCUAGUGUUUUAUUUUCUAGCCUAAUGUUGGUGGAAAGUCUUAUGAUGAUAGUUGCAAGCAUUGUCCCUAACUAUCUCAUGGGAAUCAUAACUGGUGCUGGAAUUCAAGGAAUCAUGAUUUUGGUUGGAGGGUUCUUUAAAUUGCCACAUGAAAUUCCUAAGCCAUUUUGGAGAUAUCCACUACACUAUGUUGCAUUUCAUACAUAUGGAUUUGAAGGAUUGUUCAAGAAUGAGUAUGAAGGGUUAAUAUUUUCUACUAAAAACGGACAAGGCACAAAUGGUUACAUUAGUGGUGAAGAGGUUUUGAGAGAUAUUUGGCAAAGUAACAUGAGUUACUCAAAAUGGGUUGAUCUUGCAAUUUUGCUAGGGAUGAUUGUUUUGUAUCGAGUUUUGUUUCUUGUUAUUAUCAAAAUUACAGAGAAGGUGAAGCCUAUUAUUGGACCAUUAUUAUCUUGCAUGUCACCCAAUACAACAAUACAUGUUGUGGAGAAGCCUGAUGCUACUCCUUUGGAUGGACAAGUUGUAUAACCUUAAAUGGAUUUACCAUGAAUUUGUUGUAUGAUGUAGGAGAUCAUUUCUCACUUUUAUUAAUCGUAUUUUUGUCUGUUUUCGGAUUAUAUAAUCUAAAUAUUAGUUGUAGUUCGGUAAGUGUAAGAAGUGGAGAAAUAUCAACUUCACAUUUAAUAGAUAGAUGUUGCAAGAUAUAAUAAACUCUAGUGUUGUUCUUGUUUGGUGACAUACCCAAAAACUUUUUAUAAUAUAGACAAAAUAUAAUAUUUUA